GCUCACAACUGCAUUCGCCACGCCAGCGCACGAUGACCAUCUCUGUGAACGCGGUGCACCAAUUCCUCCUCGCCGUAUGCGGCGUCCUCUCGACGAUCGCGGCCAUCUACGCGCUCGCGGACGACACGUACCUCUCGACGCCGGCGCGCUUGGACGUCGCCAACGUCUUUCUCCGCCUCUACCAGCUCUUCUUUGCGCUCGUCCUUCUCUCGACGGCCGCGCUCGGCUGGAAGCUGCCGCUCAAGUGGUUCAGCCUCCUUGAGAGCUUUAUCGGGUCGGGUCUCUACGUCAUCUUCCUCGGCUUCUACACCUACCGCAUGCUCAACGACUAUGGCAUGUACACGGCGUGGUUCCAUUUCAUUCUUGGCGCCGUCUUCAUCGUCUACGGCCUCUUUGUCAAGAACGACCGCGCCGAGUACACCCCGAUUCUGCCCCAGUAAGCACGUCGUCCAGAGUCGACUCGAUGGAUUAAGCAAUGGAGUCAAACUCGCACGCGUCGUCUUUCAUACGUCCUCCAUGAACCGGUAUACCGGUAUGUAUAACCUCAGAUGCGCGAUUUCCA